CACGUCUGACGGGAAUCAUCGCUACGAAACGUCUCCUUUGGCACCUGUGUGAACCGCCUGCCUGAGCCGCUGCAACCAUCCCCUCCUGCAAGAGAAGCCUGAACUGAAGUCGUUGAAAUCUCCAAAUAGGUGCCUAUCUAGUUUCAGACCCGUCUUUUAUCAGUGCAAUUUGAACUACUUUCACCGUACAAGAUUGUUUGCCUUAUCAGUUACUGAAAAGUCAAUUCCAUUUUACCGGCUACAAUUCUACAAUAAAUUUCAAGACCGGGACCGAAAUCUCAAACUUGAAGCUGAAAUUUUGUGGAGCAUCUCUGUUCAUUUAUAGUAAAAAACUUCAUCUGACUUCGCGGAUCUGAAGAUAUUUAUUCACAAUUCCCUUACAAAUUUACACAAGGGGAGCAAUUGAAUUGAAACUAGUGAUUAUCAUUUCAAGUUUCUAUAACAAUUCAUCUUUACCCGAUUUUCUAUCUUUGCCAGAUCUUCCGAUCUUUAUCACAUUAUCCAUCUUAAAUUAACAAUCUACUAUGGGUCAGAUCCUUUCGCAACCAGUCACUGAAAAGCAGUCGGAACUGGGCCAAGACAAACACAUCGCCUACGGGUUGUCGUGCAUGCAAGGCUGGAGAAUCAACAUGGAAGAUGCUCACUCCACAGUUUUGAACUUGUACAAGUUAGAACCUGAAGACGAAACCGAGUCAGAAAAACAGGACAAAAUCAAGCCUGACGAUGAAAAGGAGGAUGAAAGUGUCUCCAAUGAACGUGUAGCUUUCUUUGGUGUUUAUGACGGUCACGGUGGUGAAAAAGCCGCCAUCUUUACUGGAAACCAUUUGCACCAAAUAAUCAAGUCUACUGAAGCAUUUGAAAAGAAGGAUUACAUCAACGCCCUUAAGGAAGGUUUCUUGAGCUGUGACCAAGCCAUUCUCAAGGACUUCUACAUGAGAGACGACGAAAGUGGAUGUGCUGCUACCUCUGUGAUUAUUUCCGAAGACAAGAUUGUCUGUGGUAACGCCGGUGACUCCAGAACUAUCAUGUCUAUCAACGGUUUUGCCAAAGCCUUAUCGUACGAUCACAAGCCUUCCAACGAAGGAGAAAAAGCAAGAAUCUGUUCUGCCGGUGGUUACGUUGAUAUGGGAAGAGUUAACGGUAAUUUGGCCUUAUCCCGUGGUAUUGGUGAUUUCGAGUUCAAGAAGAACAUCGACUUGCCAGCAGAAGAACAGAUUGUCACGUGUUACCCAGACGUUAUUCAGCACGAUAUCAAUCUCGACAAUGACGAAUUUGUCAUUUUGGCCUGUGAUGGUAUUUGGGAUUGUUUAACGUCGCAAAAGUGUGUUGAAUGUGUCAGAAGAGGUAUUUACGAACGUAAGUCUUUAACCGACAUAUGUGAAGAAAUUAUGGAAUUGUGCUGUGCCCCUACCAGCGACGGUUCUGGUAUCGGCUGUGAUAAUAUGUCCAUCGCUAUUGUUGCUCUCUUGGACAACCGUAUCAAUGAAACUUUGGAGCAAUGGUAUGAGAAGAUAAUCAAGAGAGUUGAAAUAGCUCAGAAAGACGACUCGUUGAAGUAUGGGCCAAUAUCAAAGCCAUACUCGGAAAUAUAUAAGCAGAUGUACGGUGAGUUCUACGAGAUUGGUCAACAGUCACAAGCACCUAACUCCAGAAGUAACGGAUCUGGUUUAUCUGGUAUUUCUAAUGGAGGCUCCAUUUUUGGUAGACAAGCAUAUGAAGGUGAUAUCGAAAAUAAUCAGACCGAGAGUCAAAUUGAUGACGCCGACCUUGGAAGUGGUGCCAUUUCCUUACAGAAAUUGUUAGCAAGUAAUGCAAUCACCAAUGAAAAUGGUGUUAUAUAUCUCGAUACUUCGUCUGCACAGUCUUUGUUGGCACACUUUGGUAUGUCUGGCGAAGAAGAUGACGAAGAGGAUGUCCACGAUAAACAUAUUGAAAUUGAAGAGGUUGAUGAAGAUGACGAGGAAGAAGUGUCGAAGGAAGAAACAUCCGAAGGCAAGAAAGAUUAA